AUGGCCACAGCAGUCUCUGACCCUGAUCCGGCCAUGGGAUCAAGUCAGGUUGACAUCGCAGAGGAUGGCGACGUCAUCCUUGUCAUUGGAGCCAAACCGGAGCAAAAGAAGCUUCGAGUCUACUCUCAGUGCUUGAAGGCUUCGUCGAAGGUCUUCAAAGCCAUGUUCAGUGGUAAUUGGCGCGAGGGACUGAACCUUUCCGAAGACGCCCCUCCAUCGGUCGAGCUUCCCGAGGACCACCCAAGGGCUAUGCUAUAUAUAUGCCGCACGAUACAUUACGCAUGCUCGGGAAGUACUCUGGAUGAAAGUACAUUGGCAGCUGAGAUUCUCAAGAUCGCUGUGCAGGCUGACAAAUAUGAUCUCAUGCACAUCUUCGGUGGCCAGAUCGGCCGGGCAUUGGCUUCUCCUCCGCUGGAAACUAUGGAAGAUCGCUUGUAUUGCCUGUCUGCCGCGCUAAUGAUUAAGGAUGAACCUGCUAUCAAGACAGCGUCCUUCGGUGUGGUCUCCCGUCACGUUGGCCGCUAUUCCAAGUUCAUGGACAAUGAUCUACUCCGAGCAUUUCUCACCUACGACAACAUCUGUGAGUAUUCACUUUGCAUUCGAAGAGUGGAAUGGUACUUAUCAUCCUUCGAUCAUCCCACAGAUUUACUCGAGGAAGCACGAACCCUGCUGAGAAUGGAGCUUCUCGCUUUGCUUGAUCAAGAGAUAGUUCGUGAUCAAGACGACGGUUAUGAUCAUGCGAACUGCUACCCAAUGGCCGAUAAUUUCUCAAACCUACGCAGGGCCUGGUCUGCACUGGAUCUCCUUCGAAAGCCUGCCAUAGAUCUCAUUAUAGGUAUCCAGAACAUCUAUAUUGUUGAUUCAGCUAAUCCGAGAUGCUUCAAAUGGGAACUAGAAGGAUAUCCAGGUCCAUGCGCGGAGGAACUUCAUAAAAGGCUAAUAGGUUUGUGCACACAGGUGCGUGAUCUGUUUAUCCAAGAGGAAUGA